UUUGUAAAUUGACCCCAAUGUUGGAAAAAGACGAAAGGGAGGGUUCCGUGUUUAUGUUUUAUGCAGUGAUUCGGAUAGCUAUUCCCCAAAUGGUAUUUGUAAUUGUAACAGGGCAGGUCUCAAACUGAGAACCCUAACGCAAUCCCUUUCUUCUCGUGUGCGUGCGUGCGUGAAAACAAAGCAAAGCAACUCGAUGGUGUUCUACUUCCAAGCACGCCCAGAAUCUGGCGAUUACACCAUCUUCAUGGGCCUUGACAAGUUCGAGAACGAGGAGCUCAUCAAAUUCGGUUUUCCCGAAGACAUCUGGUUCCAUGUUGAUAAAAUGUCUUCAGCCCACGUCUAUGUCAGGCUGCACAAAGGUCAGACUAUUGAUGACAUGAGUCAAACGUUACUGGAAGACUGUGCUCAGCUUGUCAAAGCAAAUUCAAUUCAAGGAAAUAAAGUCAACAACAUUGAUGUUGUUUACACUCCCUGGUCCAAUUUAAAGAAAACUGCUUCGAUGGAUGUUGGUCAAGUUGGUUUUCACAACUCAAAAAUGGUUCGAACUAUUAGAGUGGAGAAGCGGAUCAAUGAGAUUGUUAACAGGCUAAACAGGACAAAAGCGGAAAAAAAACCUGAUUUGAAAGCUGAGCGAGAAGCAGUUAAUGCAGCUGAAAGAGCGGAGAGAAAACAACAGCUGAGAGAAAAAAAACGCCGUGAGGAAAUGGAAAGACUUGAAAAGGAGAAACAAUCAGAGCUUAGGAGCUACAAGGGUUUGAUGGUCACAGAAAAUAUGACAUCCAACAAACAAAUUGCAUCAGGAAGCAAAUCAUUGCAGGAAUUGGAGGAGGAUUUCAUGUAAGCAUUGAUUAUUGGAUUAUAGGCAGAUGGCUGGUGGUCAAUUUGCUACCUGGCGGAUUUACAUUGAUUAAAUAACCCAACUCCUGGAAUUGAAACUGCAUUGUCUUGGUUAAGAAAACCAAAUGGUGUGUACACAACUGUGAUUGAGGGAUUAAAGGAGAAGAGAAGAAAAAACGGGAGUGAAUGUAAUGCUUGGUUUUUGUACCUGGUGAUGGCAAUAUACAUGAUUUAUGACCUUGCUUGAGACAAUGGUGUUUUAAAUUAAUUUUCUGGCAGUCGAGUCAAAAACUGAAGUUUCUUGAUACAAUUAUCAUAGUAGUCUUGUUGCUUGUCCGGUUUAGAAUUUGGUUUCCUUUUUGCGCUUGAUGUUCACUGUGUGUGAAAAUUAUUUGGAAAUUAUGUAGUGUUUAUGAAACUGGAAGAGAAGCUUUUCAUUCUUGC